CAUUCCAUCUCCUUGAGUGAGUGAAGAGAGCGAGAAAAAAGAACUUGAAACUAUUUCUCAGUCAGUUUGCUAUCUGGCCAGGUGGCUAGCUGAUUGGCAUUCAUUGGAGCAAGCUCUGCUUUUGUCUGUACAAUCAAUAUUAUUGCAGUGAAAGCUACCAACACCUUUCUAUUUAAGAAACCAUGCUCCGUCGCCUAUUCUCGACUAGCACAAAUGGGCUUGAUAAAGCAGAAAUAAUCUAUCCAUACCAGCCUGUGCCAAGAUGGGGUCACUCUGCAGCAUCAAUCAACGGGAAGCUAUACGUUUGGGGUGGUUGCAUGGACACUUUGCCAAAAGUUCACUCGAGUGCAGAAAAGACCAGCUUACUCUCGCAAGUUGAGAUUUUCGACCCUCACAGUUUACUGUGGGAAAGACGCAUGACGACUGGAAGCCCACCUCUUGGUGUUUACUGGAAUGCAUACACAAACACAGACAAGUAUCUGUACACGUUUGGCGGGUACUGUGGUCAUGGUAACUGCUACCACAACUCCGUGCAUCAGCUAGAUGUGACGACGCUUCAAUGGAGAGAAGUGAUGGCAGCCAAUCCAAGUGAUGCACCCAUGAAGAAGUGGCAGUGUGGCAUGGUGUCAUUCACUCAUAAAGACACCGAGUUUCUCUGCGUCUUUGGAGGCUGGGGUCUACUCAGUGCAAGCCACAAGAGCACAAAGCACGAGUUUGUAGCAGAUAGGAGCAACCUGGGCUGUGUCUGGAGCAAUGAGCUACAUUUCUUCAACCUCACGAAAGGUACGUGGGACUGUCCAACAACUACUGGCACUCAACCACCUCCCUGCCAAGGAUUCACAUUCACCAAAGUCGACUCUGAACGAGUAAUACUCUUUGGUGGGUUCCAGCCAAACACAAGAAGGCGAGUCAAUGAUGUUUACAUCUUGAACCUCCAGACCAAACACUGGAUCAGACUCUAUAAUGGCAAUGAUCCAACUGUUGACUGGCCAAUGGGGAGGGAUGACCACUCAGCCUGUAUCAAGAACGGGAGCUCGCCUCUAUUCCUGACACUGGGAGGAGUCAACAACCAAUUCAAUACACUUGCAGACCUUUGGAUUAUGGACGUGGACAGCGGGAAAUGGAAACAAGUCAGCGCUCCACAAGUGGUGGUUGGAAGGAGAGGACAUAGCACAAUGGUAUUCAGCCUUGCACCACGCCAUUUCCUGCUGGUCAUUUAUGGUGGGAUCUAUGAAUGGGUGGCAGAGAAAUCACACAGGGAGCAGCCUGUUGUCACAGAAACGGCUGUCGUGGAAUUAUGCGAAAGCAAUGGAGACUGGAGAGUGAUGUGUGAUGAGAGAGCGGUCGAUCAAGUACCUGCCAUCACUGCCAGCAACAAGCAGCAGCAGCUCAACGGACACGAGAGACGACACAUGAUGGAAAAUGGUUUCCGCCACUCGACAACUGACUUACACCAGAUCUCGCCCAGGGAGGACAGGAAAUCGAAAAAAUCUCGAACAAACACCAUGACACUCGACAGGAGGGCAGGGGCUUCGAAACAAUUAGAAGAGGCAAAGAAAGAGAUCAAAAUGCUACAAGGACAACUCAUCGACGCCAUGAAUAUAGUUAGGAAGGCACGGAGACAAGGAGAGGAGUCUGAAGCCAAGAAUGUACAGCUGGAAAAGAAAAUCGAGCAGAUCACAAAGGACUUGAGCGAAACGCAAGAAAAGCUCUCAUCCUAUGAGGAGAAGGCACAAGAGGCUCAGAAAACCAUCGACCUACAAAGAAAAGAGAUUGAAACAAUCAAAAAGAAAUCAGCAUCACCAGAACCAUCAAACAGCAGCACUUCAAGCAACACUGGGUUGAUACUCCCUGAUGAGUCAUUACAGGGACUAUGGGCCGUACCACCGUCCGAUAUACAAAUAACACAAGCUGAGCUCUCGAGGGACAAAUGGUCAUCGGUUUAUGUCGGCUCACUCCGGGGUCUUCACAUUGCUGCUAAAUGCUACAAAGAUACAGGGUCUAUUAAUGAAGGAAUCUACUACAAAGCAAUCAAGACUGCCCUGAGGGUACGCCAUCCUAACAUAAUCCAAUUCAUUGGAGGAACAACUAACGCUAGCAACCCAAUCAUUCUCACUGAACUGAUGCCUACCACGUUACGAAUGACAUUACGUCAAGGGCCUCUACCCAAGAGACAGGUUCUAUCGAUAGCAUCAGAUAUAUCAGGAGCUCUUAGCUACAUACAUCAGUUGGGUAUCAUUCAUCGUGACGUCAACACAGUCAAUGUACUACUCGAGCCAAUGGGCAACAGUGCAUGGAAAGCUAAACUCUCGGAAUGUGCCUCAAGCAAUUUCACGAGUUAUCUUAAACUCUCUUCUUGCUCUUCCCCUCAUCCUUUUGCUUCAAGUAAUUUCUCAAUAUUCGCUGCACCAGAAGCGAAAGCCCCUGAACUAUACACGCCUAAAACUGACAUCUAUGGCUUUGGGGUCGUUCUUCUAGAGAUGUCCCAACCCUCAGAAGGGAUUGCCUCCAUUACCAACGGUGACCUCCGACCACGCCUUCAAAGGCUCGCCUGGCCGGCCAUGGUUACCCUUAUAAGGGCGUGCACAUGUCCAGCCCCUUUAGACAGACCAAGUGCUUUUGAGGUAUUACAGAGGCUAAACAGUGGAGGGAACAGUCCUCCAGUUGUUAACAGUGAAUCACUAGUCUAACACACACACAUGAAUGCACAUGCACAAUUUUUAUGAACACACACACACACACACACACACACACACACAUGUGAAAUGCAUUCUUAACACAAUUGUGUCAAAAUUUGUACAUCUCUAUGUCGUCUCACUCUCUCUCUCUCCCUCUUUCUCUUCAUUGUUGUCCUGUAUCAAAUUUAAAAUGUUUAAUAAGUAUUAACAAAUAAAGGUAGAAAUUGAUAAUA